AUGGCCUGCCUUCCUCGAAAAGAGCGGCCUUGCAUGCAAGUCUUGGGGCAAUUCCCAGAGGCUGACAAGGCACCAGAGAGAGUUGACAUCCCAGCUUCCUCCCAUGGCCCGGCUGGACGGAAACGCAAACGGUCGGAGGAGGAGAAGGGAAAAGCGGGGGAAUUGCCCUGCAAGAAAAGAGUGAAGGGUGGGCGCAGGGUCUCCGUGAGGCCCAUCGAUUGGAAAACCACCUUCCCCCCAACACGGAGACAAAAACGAAAAGCAGCAGAGAUACAUCCGUCUGCUGCUGAGGACACGGAUGAGCCCCCAGCUAAAAAACUACCCAUGGAGAUUCUUGCUUCAGUCCCGCCCGAAUACACCUUGGUCAGCGUUGAAGUCAUAAAGCUUCCAAGCAGUCUGGAGCUGCUCCCAGGAAGCCACGCAGACCCCAUGGCACAGCCAGAGGAAUCCAACACUACAUCAUGUUCCUCACAAGGGGCAGAAAAUUAGCAGCUGAGCUGCACAGGGGCGGGGGAAGCAGCCAUCACUGAGGACGAUGACCUUGACGAGCUUUUGUUGGAGCUCACAGAAGAAGAACUGGAAGGAGAAACCGAUGUCAAUGAUGAGGAUGUGGAUGAGCUCCUUCUGGACAUGUAAAACAUGACGGCGUAACACCAUCGCCUGAUUAUAUACAGGCUGCCCAGGGAGGUUGUGGAUGCCCCGUCCUUGGAGGUGUUCAAGGCCAGGUUGGA